UCAAUGAAACCAAAAAUCAAAACGAGGUUAUCUAAAUUUAAAGACAGUAUCGGCUGAAAUUCAGCCUUAGUAAACAGGAAGAAGAGAAAUCAUGUUUUUUCUCAGAAGAAAGUACCGAUGUGGAAGAAAUCUCUUGAGAAAAGGCAGAGUAUCUCUCCUUCGAAGUCAUUCCGUGUCGAUCCAAAUAUAGAAGAGGUGUUGAAGGGGCUUCAUAACCAGAGUUAUGCAUUGCCGCAGCUAGAAAGGUCUAGGAGAAGUGUUGGAUUUACAGAAGGAAUGAAUUUUUCUCUUAACAGGAGAGCCAUUCAAGGCAAGCUGAGUAUCUCAGUCCUCGGAAAAGUUGGCACUCCAAAGAAAAGCCAAAGCAGCUGUGGCAGCCGUAAAAGGAAAAGCAAUAGUUCUAAAAUCUCUAAGAAGGCCAAAGCAAACAAGCAGGUAUUUGGAAAUAUUAAAGAUGGAGUAAAGUUCUGGAACAGAGACAUCCCUCACAAACCUAAAAUUCCCAACAAGACCAUGGACCUCCAAGAUAAACAAAAGAGACUCAGAGAUCUACAAAAGAUGAUAAUUGAUCAUAAGUAAACACCAAAGUCGUAGAGAAGAGGAUGAACGGAAGCUCAAUUUCAUCAAGCAUAUUAAUAAGAAAUACAAGGAUUAUAAAUACAUCUGUUUCAACAAAAACGAAAUCAAAACACUUGAUCUAGAACAUCUUAUUAAAAGGCUGGUGGUCAAGACUAUAUCUGCCAAAGCAUAUGCUGCUUCCGUAAAGAUCCAGAAGGUCUUCAGAGGCUGGAAAGUUAGAAAAAUGUACCUUCAAGUACAAGAAAUCAGAAAUAAUGCCGCUAAAUAAACUUCAGAAAGCAUUUAAGAGAUACAGACUAUUCACAUUAAUCCCUAAAGCUCUGAAAUGUCACAAGAAUAACAAAAUAAUGAUGAUUCAGAGGAUCAUGAGAGGCUAUAAGGUCUACAGCAAAAUAAACAAGAUCAUCAGAGAGAAGCACAUGAAGGAAGCAUUUGAAUACUUUGAUGCACUCAGAAGAGUAGUCAUUCAAGAUGCCUCAGCUGUAAUCAUCAGAUCUUUCAGAGAAUACAAGAAGAGGAAAUAAUUUCAACGAAAGGAUAGAAGAAUUCCGAAGAAAAAGAAAGAGCGAGGAGAAGUCUAAGAAUAAACUUCGAUACAAAAAGCAAUAUCCGACUUCGAAUUUCAACCUCUAAACAUGCAAGAUGAAAGAGUCUCUCCUCCAAAGUCCCAUGAGAGUCAAGCUAAUAUCCAGGAUGCUCUGGGUUUCAAAAAAACGAGUGAUGCUAAUGAAAACUUGAGUACAUUCGCUAAGGAAAAGAAUUUAAACUCAAGAGCAAGGAAGAAAGAAUCAUCAAAAGCUAUCCAAGGCUAUCCAAUGCCAAGUUUGAGUCAUUCUAGUCAUUUGAAGAAGAGGGUGCUUACAGUUGAGCAGAAGACUCCCAAUUUAAAAAAUCCUUUACUUAGUGGUAGUAACUUCUUCGCUAAUGCAUCGAAAGAUUAUGAUGAUGAAAUGGACAAAAACGAAUUAGGACUAGACAUAAACCUUAUUGAAGCAACUAGUUAUAAACCUUUUGACAGGAACGGAAAUGAUGACUCCCCAUCAAUGAUAUUUAGCCCAGAAUCAUCGAAGAAUUUGAUUAAUCCCAUGAAAAUGGAGUCAAUCAAAGAAAGUGCUAAUGAUCUUUAGUUGCUAAAUCAAUAUAUUUCAAA